AUGUACCCUGCCACCGCACCGCUGCCCCAGCCCAGGGAGGCUCCACGGAAAGGAUACAACACCAGCCGUCUGCUUCCAGGCCCUACAGCCACGAGCGCUGCAUCUCCACCAGCGCUUAGGGCACGUGGUGCCCGCCCACCCUGGGGACCUGCAGCAGCUGCUCCCGUCGCUGCUCCUCCUCUGCUGGGCCCAUGCCGGGCUUCUGGGUGCCGGGGACCACCCUCGCCUUCAGGGCUACCUGAUCCACUCUGGCAACCAGGAGUUCCGGAGCUUUGCUGGCCAACUCGGCCCCCUGCACCUACCGCGCUGCCGUCCCCCGGGGCCUGCAUGGCCACGGCGUGUCCCUCUAAGAGCCGACGAGAGCCUGAGCGCCUCACGAGGCCCCACCCCUUCUACCCAAGGACGCCCAGGGCGCCUGCACAGACACCCCUGAGCUCGCCUCCCGGCACCGGAUUGGCUGCCGCCCUGCCCCCCACGGGCCGCCCCGAAGACCCCGUUGGGCUGCACAGACUCGGUUCCGUCGUGAAGCCCCGCUCCUUUCGCAUGCCCUGGAUGCGCCUGCACAGACCGGCCCCUCCUGUCCGGGGCCCGGCGGCGUGGAGCCGGCGCCGAGUGCCCACGGAGUCACCACCGAGACAGGAGCGACGCCUUUCCACUCCCAAGGCCUUGACCCGUCUCCCAAACCAUCUGCUCCAGGCAAUAAGGGCCACCCACCCACCCCCAAAGCCCUCCGACCCUCCCCCCAGUAAAGCCCAGAGUAAACCACAAACAGCAGGGGAAGUGUAG